AUGUUAAAAAAUAUAAUAAAUCAAUUUAUAAAAAUAUUUGGACAAGAGUAUUUGGGAGAUUGGAAUGCUAUACAGAAUCUAACCAUUAAUUCAGUUACUUCACCAGAAAUCAUAUUAAAAAAUGUUCCUUUUCCAGAACAAAUAUUCGAAUUAGCAGAAUUACCAUUUGAAAUCAUUUAUUCGAAUAUAAGAAAUUUAAGAAUAAAAUUUUUGUGGUCAUCUAUUUUUUCAAAUAAUGUUAGCCCUAUAAAUAUUUAUGCAAAUGAUAUUUUUCUUGUUAUAAAAUUUUCUUAUCCUAGUUUAUGGAAAACAAACAAAAUUUCCGUUCAUCAGUAUAAAUUAAAAAAGAAUAAAUUAAAAAAAUGGGAUAACAUUAAUAUAUCAAAAGAAAAUAAAGAAGACAAUUUUUUAAAAGUUCUACCUGUAAAAUUAGUUAAUUCUUUAAGGAUAUUAGCUGAAAAUAUAAAUGUAAUAUUUUUCGAUAAUUAUAUUCAUAAAAAUCCAUUUACUUUUGAAUUUUUCAUUAAAAGUUUUAAAAUUGAUGAAUUAAAUAAAUACAAAGUAAAAUUAACUGACGAAGAAAAAAAAAAUAUAAAAAAAAAUUUGCUAAUUAAUAUAUGGAUAAGAUUAAUAGGAGUACAUAUGAUUUUUAAAGAAUUUAAACAUAAAAUUAAAUAUAAUAAACAAAUUAAAAAAAAAGAAGAGGAGGAAUAUAACAAACAAAAAAUUAAUGAGAAAUCAAAUAAGUCAAACAAUAAUCAAAAUAUUAAUGAAGAAUUUUUCUUAACAGCAAUUGAAAAACUUUUUAGUGAAAGUGUAAAAUCUGUUCAACAGACAAACAGGCAUCACUCAAAAAAAAAAAAAAAAAAAUUUCAUUAUAAUGGAAUGUCUAAAUAUUGUUCCUACAGUGAUUACGAUAUUAAUGAAAGAAUAAAGAAUAAAUAUUCAAGAUUAAAGGGGAAAAGAAGAUCAUAUAGUUCUAAGAUGAAUAUAAAUGCACCUUAUAAAAAUUUAGAGAGUAAUUUAAAAAAAAGAAGAAGUUAUAACUUUAAAACACCUAAGCAUUAUUCAGGUUUUAGAAUAACACCAAAAGAUGGAUUAGAAAUGCAUAUAAUUUUUAAGAAAUAUGAUUUAAAAGCACUUAAUGAUUUAAAAAAUAAUUUAAAAUGCUUUAAGAAUGUUGAAUUAUCUUUUAUUAAGCAUUAUGAGAAUAAAGAUGAAAAAAUGUUCAAUAAUUUAAAAAAAGAUGAAAUACCUAUAAAAAAUCCUUGUUAUUGCUAUAACUUUAAAAAUAACUCAUAUAUAGAAGAUAAUGAUAAUGUAUCUAUAUCAAGUAAUACAAAUAGAUCUAUAAGAAAUAAAAAUAUCAGAAAAAAUGUGUUUAUAAAUAACGAUAAAUUAAUGGAAUGUAGUUUUAAAAAUGAUUAUCCUCCUUUAUUUAAUAACAUUUCUAAUUAUGAGAGUUUAGAUAUAGAUUUUACUUCUUCUUCUCUUGAUGCUUUUUAUAAUUUUAUAAAAUAUAUAGAAUUUUGGUUUUUAUAUAAAGGUGGCUGCACAAAAAUAUUUAAUAUUAUCCCUACUAUAGAAGAUUGUAUAAAAUAUUCUGAAUAUAGAAAAUUGCAAAUUGAUAAAAAUUCAAAAAAUGAUGAAUUCCCCCAAAAGUUUAUUGAAAAAUUUGAAGCAGCUUGUCCUACUCAUUUAUUAAUAAAAUUAAGAUUAUUAUCAGAAGAAUGCAUAUAUAGUAAAGAACAUUUUAAUAACAUAAAUAUAAAAAAAGGAGAAUGGAAAAAAUUAUUUUAUACUUUUAUAAAAAGUCAAAAAGGUGAAGCCUCUCUUUUAGAUGAAAAUUUAGAAAAAAUUGAAAAAUGGUUUACUCAUGAUAUUCUAUUAAAUGUAGUUAUACCUCAAAUCAAUUUUAAUUACAUUCCUUUAGAAUAUAAUCAUUUUAAUGAUUUUAAAAUAAAAUAUAACAAAUGUUUUUUAUCUUAUAAUAUUUAUUGCUCCUUUUUAUUUAAACAAGAAAAAAUAUCUUCCACUAAAAAAAAAUUAAGUAUAUAUAUGCAUAAUUUGGAUAUUCAAUCAAUGUUUGUAAUUUUGAAAAGAAAUAAAAAUUUUUUGAUGAAUCAAAACAAGUACUCUAUAUAUUUUGCUGAAAAAGUACCUAUAAUAAAUUACUGCUUAUAUAAUGAAUCCAAUAGUAGCAACCAAUUUUACAAUUUUGAUCAAAGUAGUUUUAACGAAGAUUAUAUAUCCGAAGAAAAUAAAAUUUCCAAGGAUGAAAUAUUAAGUACUCAAAAUAAAGAAUAUAUAAAUAAUAUAGAAAAAGAUUUAAAUGAUAAAGUAGUAAAAAAAAAUAUGAAAGAAAAACUUCGAAAUUUAUUUCUUAGUUACAAAAAAAUUCGUAACUACAAUAAUAGCUAUCCAAAUAAUAUUAAAAAUAAAGAUGAAAAAAUACAUUCAAAGAUAAGAAAAAGUUAUAAUGAACUAAAUAUAGAUAAUGAUACAUAUAUUAAUACAUUUUACCAAAAUGAAAAUGGAUUUUUCAAUGAAUCUUUUGACACAAUAAAUGAAUUAAGUAAAAACGUUUGUUCUAAUAGUCUUAGUUAUAAUAUGUGCAAUUUAUUUAAGAAAAAAUUGGCAAAAGGUAAAAUAAAAAAUGAAAAUACAGAAAAUUUAAAAGUUGAAAAUUUACAAAGUUUUAAAAAUGAAAAUAUACAAAGCUUGAAAACUGAAAGUAUGUUAAAUUUAAAAAAUGAAAAUCUCGUUAGUAAUAAUAAUAUGGAAAAAAAUGGAAAGGGAUUUUGGAAUUUUAUUCUACGACAAAAAAAAAAAAAAAAUUUUGAUGAAAAUAAUAAAGAAAAUGCAAAUAUGAACAAUUAUAAAAAUUUCGAUUUAAUAAUGAAUAAUGAGAUUAGUAUUAUACCAAAUUCUUUUAUUAUAUUUAUUAAUGAUUAUAGUAAUAAUGUAAGAGAAAUUGAUAUGAAUAUUUGUAAAUAUACAAUUAAUAUAAAUAAUAUAUUGCCAAUUCUUAAUUUUAUACCUGAUAACAAUAUUUGUCUUGAACUUUUUUUAAAAUAUGAUAACUUUAUUAAUAAGGAUGUUAUUGAAAUUCUUAGUGUAUGCUUAAGUAUGAGUAAUGAAAAAAAAAAAAUAUUACGUCUACAUAUUAAUGAAAUAAAAGCUUAUUUUUUACAUUCUUCUUAUGUACAUAAUGAAAUUGAGAAUUUAAGAAUUUUUCUAAAUAAAACAAAAAAAAAGAAAAGGAUAACAAAUUUACGUAGUCACGAAAAAUUUAUUGAACAUGAUGUUGUUAUUGAUCCAUUUAAUUCAAAAACAGAAGAAAAUGAAAAUGAAAAUGAAGAUAAUAGACAAGGAAAUAACAAUAUAAAUUCAAAUAUGAUAAUAAAAAAUAGUGAGUAUAAAUCAAAAAAUGAUAUAAUUAAUAAUAAUAAUAAUAAUAAUAAUUUAUCAUCAAGCACUAACGAAUAUUUAGAUGGUGAGAAUAAAGACGAAGUAGAUGGUGUUGAUAAUAUUAUAUAUAGAAAUAAAAGUAUGAUAAAUUUUGUAGAAAGUCAAAAAAGUGAUAUAUUAAAUAUCCAUAAUAUAAUUUUAAAUAAUUUAUAUGCACCUCAAAAGAAUGUAUAUCAUACAAGAAUAAAUAAUACUAUAUCCUAUUUAAAAAAAAGAAAUUUUAUUUAUUCUAUUAAAAAUAAUUAUUAUAUAUUUUUAAGAAGAUACAUUGAAUACAAUAAAAAAAAGAAUAAAAUAAAAAAUAAAAAUUUAUUAUCAGUAGGUUUUUUUUGUCAAAUAAAAAAUUUUUUCUUAUUUCAAGAUAAAAAUAACUCUUUACUUUAUUUACAUAAUAAUUAUAUUAAAGUGGAGAACUUGUUUGAUUGUUGUUUUUAUAAUAGAAAUAAUUAUUACUCAAAUAAUGAUUAUGCCAAUUUAAGCGUUUUGACAGCAGACGAAAUAAAAUAUAGUAAUAAAAAGCAAAAUAUAAAGUAUUUAAAUGGAAAUUGUAAUAAAAAUUCAUAUGAUAAAUUAAUGAAUAAGAAUAGUAUUGAAAAUAAUAAAACUAGGAGAAGUACAAAUAUAAAUGAUAGUGUAAAAAAUAAAUCUUUCUUAAUAUGUAUUGAGUCAUUAAGACUUAAAAAAAAUAAUAAUGUAUUUUCUUUAAGAAUAGAUAUGGUAAAUUUUAGCUUGAAUGAAAUUUGUUUAUCUUUAUUUAGUAUAUAUAAAUAUGUAAUUCCUAUUGAUCAUAUGCAACUAAUUAAAAUGAGAAUAAAUAAAUUUCUUAAAAUUAAACAGUUUCUAAUAGAUAAUAAUAAGAAUACUUUACAUUUAAAAAAAUUUAACAUUACAAAUAAUUUAAUGCAUAAUUUAUUGAAUAGAUUUUUUAUUACUAAUAAUAUGAAAUCUGAACAUUAUUCAACUAAUAAAAAUAAAAAGAUAACAAAUUUAUUAAAAGAAAAUAAAAAUUAUGAAAAAUAUAUAAAAAACUUGAUUAUUAAAAUUUUAAAUCACGAAAAAAUAUUAUAUAAUAAAGAGGAUUUUGAAAACAUUUUUUAUAUGAUAUUAAAAAAAAAUUUAUACAAAACAGAUAAUAACAAUUAUUUCUAUGAAAAAGAUAAUAAUCUAAAAAAAUUUCAUAAAAAUGAGAAAAAAAGGUACAUUCGUCAUAGUUCAGAGACUAUAUAUUCAAUUAACAAUAAUAAUAAUAAAAGAAGAAAUAAUUAUAUCUAUAAAAAAGGUUGUUCUAGUUUUUUAGAAAAUGAAUAUUAUAAGUGUAAGGAAAACAAUUUAGAAAAUAAUUAUUAUCAUUAUAAUUAUGAUUAUCAUUAUGAUGAUAAUUUUAAUAUAGGUAUAGAUAACCUUUCAUAUUCAACAUAUAAUUCCAAUAAAAUUUUUAAAUAUAAAAUUGAAAAAGAUGAUGAAAAUAGUAUAAAGAGAGACAUAGAAACAAAUAAUUCAAAAGAAGAUAAUAUAAGUUUAAUAAACUUAUCAAAAAAGUAUUACUAUGAAAAUACUAAGUAUAUUAAUUUGAGAAAUCUUUUUAAUUUUGAAUUUUCAAAUAAUGACAAAGGUAUUAUUGAAGAGAAAAACAUUCUUAUUCGUAGCAAUAUUUCCACCGUUAAAAAUAAUAAAACAAAUGAUUUAAGAAAUAAUAAAAAUAAUAUAGGAAGUAAAUAUACUAAAAGAAAUAUAUUUUUAUUUUUUUUUUUAAUAAAUGAAACAAAUAUAGCCAUCUAUAAUAAAAAUGAAGGAAUAUUCAAAAUAACUUGUAACAGUUUUAUGAGUGAAAUUUAUCAUUUGGAUAAUGGUAUAAAUAUAUCCACAAAAAUUAACUCUCUAUAUUUUUUUUAUAUACAAACAAUUUUAAAAAAAAAAAAUAAUAAUAAUAAUAAAUUUAAACAAAAAACACAAUUAAAUUCAUCUAAGGAGAUAGACAAAAAUAAUUUAGAUAUAAAUAAAUGUAAGAAAUAUGUAAUUGCUACUGAUUCCGUUAGUAAUAUUUUUAGUAUUUCCAAAUCUAACUUAAAAAAAAAAAAAAAUAACUUUUUUGAUAAAGUUUGUAUUUUAGAAAAAAAAAAGUUUAACUUAUACAUAGAUUAUGAUAUAAAGAAAAAUAUAUUAAAACCCCAGAUUUAUCUAGAUAUAAAAAUAAAUAAAGAAAUAAAUAAAAAAAUAAUAAAGCUAUCAUUAAUUAAUUUUUACUUUUUUUAUAGUUCUACUCUGUUUAUUUUAUUAAACAAUGUAGCAAUAAAUUAUUUUUUAAUAUAUAUCCAGGAGAGAGAAAAAAUGGAAUCCCUUUUAUGUAAAAAUAAUUAUUAUGAGAAAAAUAAAAAUGUGGUGUAUAAAUCAGGUGAUAUGACCAAUUUUUCAAAUAAUGGUGUUGAGGAAAAUGAAAAAGUAGAAAGCGAGAAUAUGCUGGUAGGUGGAAAAAGACGAAUUGAAACUUCACUAGAAAAAUGGAUUAGUAGUGAUGAAAUAGAUAACUUAAUUACAAGUGAUAAUGAGAGCAUUUUAGAAGGUGUUUAUAAUGCAUACGAAAUAGACGCUAAUAUUAGUCAAAGCACAAAUAAGAUAAAAGAGUCACAAAAAUCAGAUGUCAUUAAUUUAACUAAUAAUACAUUUUAUUAUGAUUUAUCUGAAAAUGAAAAAAGCAUCGGUAAAAAAGAAAAAAAAUUAAUUUUUGAUGAUUAUCAUAAAGGACAAUAUAAUUCAAUUCAACAAAUAUUAAACAAUGGAAGUGAUGAGAAUAAAAGUACUAGUAUUUACAAUGAUAUAUAUCAAAGUAGUAACUUUAUUAAUUCACAAAAAAUAAGAAAUACUUUAAAUAAAGAGAUUAAAAGAUAUAUAGAAAAAAAAAGGAGCAUUGAACAUAGUAAAAGUAUCCAUGGAACAAUUUUUUUUAAAGAGAGAAAUUUAUUUAUGACAAAUUCUUCUCAUGACAAUAAUAAAAUAGUAUUAGAUAAAAAUGAAAAAAAAAAAGGAAGCUCAAAUCUUGUAAAAAAUAACAAACAAUGCGAAAUUUUUAGAAGUAAAAGAUCGUUUCUAACAAUCUUUCAAAAAGGAAAUAUCAGAAAAAAUCAACUAAGGAAAGAAAUAUCAGAAAUUAAAGAAAAUAAUAAUGAUAUAUAUAAUAGUUUAAUCAACAAUUACUCUUCGAAUAACAAUUAUUAUGAAAAUUCAAAAAAAGAUUAUAAUUUCUUUUCUAAUACGAAAAGCUUUAUAAAUAAAUACUAUGAUUUAAAUUUGAAAAAAAAUAACUUAAAAAAUAAUGAUAUUGAUGGUAAAAAGGAUAUUAUUAAUAAUCGUAUUAAUAAUAAUAAUAAUAGCAGUAUUAGUAGUGAUGAAUUAAAUUGUUCAAAAAAUGGAAAUAAAGAAGUGGAUAUAAGGAAUUUAGAAAAGGAAAAAGCGGAAAAAAAUAAAGAUAUUAAAAUAUAUAUAUCUUUGAAAAAUGUAAAUAUUUGCUAUCUCAUUAAUUAUCAUAGAUUUAAAUACAUAUAUAAAAAAAAUUAUAAACUUGAUACUUAUAUGAAUUCUUAUAUAAAUUUUCUUGAUAGCUGUUCUAAUUAUUGUGAUGAAAAAUGUAGUGAAGAACAAAAUUAUGAUCACAUUGGAAUUAUAAAUAAGGAUUUAUAUAAUUUAAAUUUUAAUUUUUUAUUUAAAUAUGAAUAUAUCCUUUUAGAAAAUAAGAAGAAAAUUAUUAAUGUGUAUCUCCCUUUUUUAUAUAUUAUUUUAAUGAAAAAUUGUAAUUAUGCUAUUUCUCAUCUAACAAUAGUAGAUAUAAAAUUUUUCAUGGAGUUCUUAUAUAAAAAAAAAGGAAAGAAAAAAAAAAAUAAUGGGAAAAAAAAAAAUCGUAAAAAAGAUAAUCUCAAUUUGGAAAUAAAAAAUUAUGGAAGUGAUAUUUUAUAUAAGUUUUCUCAAAAUAAAUAUUCAUGUGCAAAAAACUUAUAUUAUGAUGAAUCUAAAAAAAGAAACAAUUUUUAUGAUGAUCAUCAUAAUAAAUAUAAUAAUUUAACAAGUGUUUCCAAUAGAGAUUCAACAAAUAAUAUAAAAAAGAAUAGUAAUAAUAUGUAUAACGAUCCAAUUAAUUACAUAAAAUCUAACAGUAAUAUAAAAUACAAUAAAUUUAAGAACAGUUCUUCCACUGGUAAUUGUUUAAUUAAAAAAUGUUCAAAGAAUAGUAUUGUAGAUGAAAUUAUCUCAUCAAAUAAAGGAAUAAAAAGUUCAUGUUACAAAAGUCCUGCAAGUAUUUCAGAAUAUAACUCAAAAGAUUCAAGUAAUAAUAAGAAAAAUUUUUCAUUUUACAAAUCAAGUGGAUAUGUAAGCAAUGAUAAUGAAUUCAAGAAAAAUUAUGUAAGUGGCAAUAUGACUGGGUUAAAUACUUAUAAUAAAAAUGUGCAUUCUACAAUUAAUGAUAAAAAUAUAGAAAAACAAAAAUCUUAUAUUAGUUAUUUAUUUAAUUAUAAAAAAAAAAACGAUUUUAUUAAAAAAUAUAAUAUUGAAAAUGAUGUUUCACAGCAAAAUAACAGUGCAUCAAAUCAAUUUAAUUCACAUAAAUAUAUUAUAGAUAAGAAUAAUAAUUCUCCAAAAAAUUCAUUUAAAAAGGAAAAAUCAAAAAAAAGAUCAUUAAGUUUUUUUAGAUUUAAGUCCCUCUCAUUAAAAGAUAAAAAAUUGCAUAAUAUGAAUAGUAAUACAUUGGAUUUAAGAAGCAUGGAAAAUGAUGCUAAUAGUAAAUCUUAUGAUUUGUUGAACAUAAAAAGAGAUAAUUUAAAUGUACAUUCAAAUUAUUAUAUAUCACAAAUAAAAAAAAAUAACAAUAUUAAUAAUUUGUUUUAUAACAGCAAUGGAGAUAGAAUAACUAUCACAAAAAGUUUUAGUAGAUGUGCAUUUACACAAAAGUGCAACAAUAAAAGUCCUUUAAGACCUAAUAAAGAAAUGGAAUUAAUAAAAUCAGAAAGAAGAAUGGCAUUUAACAAAAAAAAAAAAAAAAAAAAAGGUACAAAGAAAAUUAAGAAGAAAAAAAAUAAUAAAGAAAAAAGAAUGAAAAAUGUUAAUAAUUGGAAAAUAUCUUGUUGUAAUUUAUCUAUAUUUAAUAUUAACUUGUUUAAUUGCAUAUAUUUUAAAAGAUAUAAAAGAGAGGGGAAGAUAUUUUUACAGCCACUUAUAUAUAAUUACAAAAAUGCUAAUAAUUUAAAUUCAAUAAAAAUAAAUAAUGAAAAGGAAAACUUUUUGCAGAAUGAUUUUGAAAGACAAGACGAUUUAAAAAAUAUUAAUUAUGAGAAUUUUAUAAGCAAUAAUUGUUUAAUUGAAAAUGAAUUAAAAUUUGUAGAUUAUGUGAAUCAAUUAUAUAACUUAGAAUGGUUUAGUAAAUUUAAUUUUCAUCAUUUAUAUAAUGUUAAUAGAAUUCAUUCCCAUUUUCCUAAUUUGAUUAGAUUAAAUAAAAAAAAGGAAUCAAUAAUUUGUUGUUAUAUACCUAUUUUUUAUAAAAAGAUUUCAAUGUCUUACAGAAAUAUAUAUAAAUUUUUAUUAUUAAAAAAAUACUAUGAAAGUGUACCUUAUUUAUCUAAAUUAUCGAAAAAAGGAGAUUUAUAUAAAAAUUUAAUUAAGGAAAAAAAAAAAAAUAAAGUGACUAAAAUAAGUAAGAAUAUUUUAAACAAAUUAGACAAUGAAAAAAAUGGAAAAAUUAAAUGUAACAGGAACAAUAAUGAAAAUAACGAUAACACAAAUAUAGAAGGGGAAAACAAAGUCAUUACACAUAAAAACAGUGCAAACAAUAAAAAAAAAGAUAAGGUAAUAGAAGAUAAUCACAACGUAUGUGAUAAGAAAGAAAAAAGUAGUAAACAAAAUGAUGUUACAAUAAAAAAUACUACUAAUAAAAAAUACUCAUUAAAUAACAAUAAAGAUGAAAUAAAAAAAUAUAAUAAAUUUUAUGAUUUGGAAAAAUUAGAAAAUGAUGUAAAUUAUGAAAAACUUCAAGAAGUUGGAAAUCCAUCAAUCAAUAACAAAAAUUUUAGUAGAAAUAGUUUUUAUGAAUUUAAUGAUAAAAAUUUAGUAUUAAGAAAUAGUAAAAUUUAUUUUGAAGAAGCAGGAUUUUAUAAUACUAAUUCUAGUAGCUUUAAUAAUUAUUUAAUAUACAAAAAAGAUUUUUUGAAAUAUACUUCAUGGAAAAAAAAUCAUAUUUAUAUAUCUUUAAAGAGAACAAAAGAAUAUGGGAACAUAAAAAAAAAAAUUAAAAAAAGUUUAAACUUCUACAUUUAUAUUUAUUCUUCUAGCAUAAAUGUUGAACCGUAUUUUAUAUCUAACUAUAAUUUUUAUUUUGUCAAUAAUAUAAACAAAAACUUAAUUGUUUACGAUAUAAAAGAAACGAAGAAAUACUAUUCUUAUAAAUAUAAACAAUUAGUGAAUUAUUAUAAUAAAACAUUUGGAAAUACAAAAAAGGAAAAUUAUUUAACAGAAGAGAAGCUAAAUGAUAAUAAUAAUAACAAUAAUACAAUCAAUAAAUUAAAAUUUGAUGAAAGGUAUAAAGAAUACUACAACAAAAAUAAAUACAUUUCAAAUAAUAACUAUGAAAAUAAUCACAGAAAUGAAAAAAAAAAAUUAGAUGAUGAAUCCUUACAUGGUAAUAUAUCAAGUAAUAAUAAAAUGUGGAAUUUUUUGUUUAUCUUUAAUAAAAUUUCAACGAAUAUUAAAGAAAAAAUAAAAAAUAAAGUUGUAAUUAAUGCUGAUAUUAAUAAUAUAGAUCUUAACAUUCUUGAUUGUUCAUAUAUUUAUGAUAGUAAUUUUCUAUUAGUGAAUCACAUUCAUCCAUUUUACAGUAAGAAAUAUAUUUAUAUAUCAAAAGAAAAAUAUGAGAGCAUUAAAGAAAAAAAUAGCAAAGAUUUAAAUGAUUUUUCUAACUUUGAAUCAAUUGAACAUAAAGAUUUUUCUAAUAUUAUAAGCAAAUUAAUUUUCAAGAGUUUUACCAAUUAUUAUCAUAAUAAUUCUUUUUACAUUAUUUCUAUCAACGAAAAUAAAAUAAAAAGAAUUUCUCUUAAAUUAUAUUCAACAGUAAUAUGUAAUAAUAUAUAUAAAAGUAAAAAUAUAAACGAUAUUCUAAGUAUUAUCGUUCAUUGUUUUAAAAUAAAAUUUUCCAUCUUAAAAAAAAAGACAAUUAACAAAAUUAUAAAUAAUAAUGAACAUAAUAUAGACGAUAUAUUAGAUGAAAUAAAAGAAGAUAAGGAUGAAAUAAAAAAAAAAUUAAGAAAUAGUCAAAAAAAAGAAAGUCUUAGCAGAAAUGAUCUAUUAAAUAUUUAUAAUAAAAUUUCUAAUGUAUAUCAAAAUAAAUUUAAUACAUAUGGUUCUUUAAGUAAGAAUUUUAUAAAGAAUAUGAAAAAAUAUAACUUAUCAAGCAAUACUAGUAAGACGAAUUAUUCUAAUUUGUAUAACAAUUCUUCUAAAUUUUUUAGGUUUAUAUCUUCUUCGUCAUUAAUACCUUCUUCUGUUUAUUCUUUAUUAUCAUAUAAUUCAAGUUUCUUAAGAAGCAAAAAAAAUGAAAACUAUAAAGACAGAAACAAAAAAAGAUAUUUUUCAAUUCAGGAUCAUAAGAAAAUGAAUAAAUUAAAAACAGAAAAAAAAAUUAAUAUAAUAAAAAAAUACAACACAAAAAGUAGAAGUUUUUCCGAUAGUUUAUACCUAAGUAAUUCCAAUUCAUUAAGAAAAAUGUUUUCAAAAAAUGAAAAUGAAAAAUAUUUCUGUUUUUAUAAUUCUUUAUCAAACAGAUGUGUUUUAGAUAAUUCUCUAAUGAACGAAAAAGUAAUAAAAAAAAGAAAAGUAAAAGCUAAAUUUUAUAAUUAUAUUAAGAAAAUAUUUAAUCAUAUUACUUCAAAAAAUAAAAAUUAUAAAAAAGCUUUAAAUAAUAUUGUUGAGAAUGCUAAAUGGAGUAUUAAUAUAGAGAAUUUUGUAUUUUCUUUGCCCUCAUUAAAUAAAGGAUUUAAAUUUUAUUUGUAUUUGAAUAAAUUAAUUAUUUAUGAUUACAAUAAAAUAAAUAUAUGCAAUAAUAUUUCUCAAUUUCGAUUAUUUUUAAAAGAUAGUGCUGAUAAAAGCUAUUUGGAUUUAUGUGAAAAAAUACUAAAUAUUUAUAGCUAUUUAGAUUUAAAUAAAGAUACUUUAGGAACCGUAAAAAGAAAAUUUCAUUUAAAAAAAAUAAAACAAGAAAUAUAUAAUAAUCAGUUUUAUGUUAUAGCAAAUGAAAAUAUUAAUAACAUUGAUUUUAAUAUAGAUGUAAGUAAUACAAAACUGACAGUACAUAAUGAAACAAUAAUGAAUUUAAUCAGUUUUUUUACUGAUUUAACGAAUAAUAUAUUUUCUUAUUUAUAUGUAUAUUCUCUACUACCAGAGUUUUAUAAAUAUGAUUUAUCGUGCUUCAACUCAUGCAUAAAUGUAGAUAAUUUUCAGAAAGGAUUAUUGUUUUAUAAUGAUCUUUUAAGGAAUUAUAUUAAAAUAAAUAAAAAUGAAAAAUAUGUGAAUAUUAAUGCUUUACAAUUUUUUCCUUUUAAUGUAGCAAAAGGAUCAUGUGAAACUGAAGACAAAGUAAUGAAUUUAAGCGACCAUCAAUUUAAUAAAUCUUAUUUUGAAGAGGAAAAUAAUAAUUUAAAAAUUUCCAAAAAAUACUUUCCUUGUAGUCAUACCAAUUUGGAUCUUUUAAAUGAUGAGAAAGAAUUAAAAGAUGCGGAAAAUAGUGAAAAUUCAUCUAAUAUUGAGAUACCGGAUAGUUUUAUGGAAGAAAUAUUUUUUUUUAAAAGUAAAAUAAAUUAUAAUUAUUUAAUAAUGAAUAAAUUUGAAUAUCACACAACUACUAAUGUAUCACUGAAAGAAUUAAAUGAUAAAAAUUAUUAUUUCUUGGCAUUUAUAAAUAGUAAUUUAAUUUUUUUUUUAUAUUUUUAUACAAAAUAUAAAACUGUUUUAAAUUACUUGUCUAAUGAGAAUGUAUUUAAACUUAAAAUUAAUUAUCAUUACCCUAUUAAAAAGGUAAAAAUUCGUAGACAAAUAAAUAUAAAUGAACUAUAUGAAAGAAUAUAUAAUAAGAGAAAAUUUAUAAAUGUAAAUAAUUCUCAUUUAAGGAAAAAGAACGCAAAAGAAUGGCUUAAGAUUUCUAAAUCAAGAUUAAGAAAAAAAAAAAAAAUGAUAAAAAUAAAUAGCAAAAUAAAACAAUAUAAUAACAAUACAAUAAAAAGUAAAAGCGACAAUAAUUAUAAUUUGAUAAGAAAAAAACAAAGAAAAAGUAAAACAUACGAAAUAAAUAAUUUAAAUGUAGAAAAUAAAUGUAAGGAAGAAAAUUUGAAUGAUGAAUAUUUUAAAAACGAUAAUGAAAAAAUAGGAAGAAACAUGUAUAGCAGUUUAAAAAACCUUAAGAUUACUAACAAAAACGAACCGUUGCUAGAUAAUAAACAUACAUAUGAAUUAGUUGACGAUAAUAAGAAAGAAGAAAGUGAAAAAUGUGAAAGAGAGGGAUUAUCUAAAAGAAUAAAAACAACAUUUAAAAAGUUAUUUACUAAAAGAUUUUCAUCAAAUGUAUCAAAAAUUAAAAAAAAAGAUAUAAUUGUGAGAAAAAAUAUUUCUCCAUGUAGUUCUAAUGAUUUUUUUACUAAAGAAGAUAGUGAAGUAUUAAGAAAAAAAGAUAAACUGGAAAUAACAUCAUUAAGUAAACAUCUAAUUUCUUUUAAAAGUGUAUAUAAUGUUAUGAAUAAAUAUACGAAUAUUAAAAUUAGGGUAAAUUUAUUUGAGAUAUGGUUUAUUCAAGAAGAUUUAUUUAAUUAUAGAAAUGAACAAACGGAGAAAAUAAAAAUGAGUUACUAUAUGAAAAGAAAAAAUAAACAUAGUAAUAGUGAAAUAAAGAAAGGAAAAAUGAGAAAAAAAGAAGCAAAUAGAAAUAACAUUUGUGAAGUAGACAAUGCUGAUAAGGAAUUUUAUGAUACAAAUAAAAAAGCAAAAACAUAUAAAAUGAAAUAUUUUAGUUCUAGCAAUUCAAGCAGUAAUUUAAACAUCUUAAAUAUUUUAGAGAAAACAAAAAAUUGUAAUAAUAUAUAUAUAGAUAAAAAAAUUAAUAAGCAAGUUUUUUAUACAGCACAAAAAAAGAUAUAUAACAGUGAAAAUGAUUUAAAUGAAAAUACAAAUGGAAUGAGAAAAAAAAAUAAAAUGAGAAAUAAGGAAAUGAAUAAAAAUAUUAUUAAUCCAAAUGUAUAUAAUAAAAAUGAAUCAAUAAAUUUAAAUAACGUUUCUUUAUCUAGUGAUGAUUUGUAUAGCAAUAAUUUCAGCUACACCGAUGAAUCUUUAACAUAUUUACUUAGCGAUACAGAAAGUAGUAGCAGUUUUUCUAGUGAAAGAAAUUUAAAAGAUAACAAUUUUUUAAAAGAAAUAGUCCAUAGAAAAAGAAAAAAAAAAAAUGAAGAAUAUUACAUAUGGAAAGGAAAAGAGAAAAAAAAAAGCAUUCAAGAAAAUAAAAGAAACAUUUGUUUAUCUUUAAUUUUUAGUAUAGAUAUAUAUUAUAAAGAAAAGAAAAGUAUUGGAUUAACUAAUUUAAAAACAGAAGUAAAAAAUUUCAAUGUCAUGUUAGGUAAAUGUUUUAAUUUUAAUGAAGUAUAUGAUAAACUUAAAUUAUAUAAAAGUAAUAAAAAAUUCAAAUUAUCUGUACAUGAUUCUAGUAUUUUAGAUUUAUAUUAUUUAAAUGAAGAUGAUAGUCAUAGAUCUAGAAAUGAAUUUAUAAAAAAGAAAAAAUAUUUUAAAAAUGAUCAAAACAUUUUAAAAAAACAAUUAGAAUACGCUUUUUAUGAUAAUACAAAUUUUUAUAAUAUAUAUUAUAAUGAAAUGAAGAAUAUAAAAUACCUUAAAAAAAUUAUGAACAACAAAAAAAUGAAAAAAUUUCCUAUUAAUUAUGAGGAUGAUAACGAUAAUAUUAAAGAAAAUAGUUCAAUUAAAAGUAUAAAUAAAAAUGCAUCUAGAAAUAUAAUUAAUGAAAUUUUUUUUUCUGCAGUUAAUGAUAAUGAAAGAAAUAACGGUAGUUACGAAAUGAAAAAAUAUAGUAGUGAGGAUCCUAGGGAGAAUGUUAUCUAUUUACACAAUUCAAGCAAAAUAUCAAGUAGUUAUAAUAAUUUAUUUUUUUUAAUAAAUAAACAUAAAUUAUAUUAUAAAGAUAAGUUUAACAUAUUUUUAAAUCAAAAAAAUAACAUAAUUAUGCCUAAUAUUAAGGAAGAGAAUGAGUGUUUAAUAAAUAUUAAUGAUAUCUAUUUAAGUAUAAGCAAUUUAGAUAUAAAAAGAUCAUGUAAAAUUAUAUUUCAAGAUUUUUUAGUUAAUGUAACUAUAGAUAAUAUAAAAGAGUUAUAUAAAUUUUACAAGUCUUUCAGUUAUAAUAUUUAUUAUGCAAGUUUCUAUAAAAAUUAUUUUAAUUUUUCUAAAAAUAUUUAUAUUCUUCCUUUUUUAAGUAAAAAUAAAUCCUUUAUUAAAAAAUCAAAUGAAAAAUUGAAGAUAAAAAAUGUUUACAAAGAAGGUAAGAAUAAAUUUAAAGGGUUAAAUAAAAUGAUUUUAGAUAAUAAAUUAAAAAUAUUAAGAGAAAAAUAUUCAGUAGAAAAUAAGUUGGAACAAAAAAUAUACAAAAAUAGUUCUAAUUCUAAUAUAUUAUAUAACAAAAAAUACAACAGAAUGUUUCAUAACAUAAAUAAGGAAAAAAAAUAUGAAUUAAUCCCUAUACCCAGCAAGAGUAGUGAUAUAUUAAAUAAUAACAAUUAUAGUAGUAGUAGAAAAAAUGGAGAUGCAUGGAUUAAUGAAAGUAGUGGAAAAUAUAUUUCUUUUAGUGAUACUAAUGAGUUAUUUGGUGUAACAAACGAUGAAAAAAACAAUAUGAAAAAUAAUUCAAUUAAAGAAAAUGAAUUAAAAGAAAAUAUUGAUAACUCAAUAAAACAAGGAACAAAUUAUCAUAGAAAUGUAGAAAAGAGUUAUAUAAAUAAUAAUAUAACUAGCACUUACAAUGUUCGUAAAAAAAUUUUAAUUCAUAACUUUAAUAUAUAUAAAAAUGUUGUUGAUUCUUAUUCUAAAAUUCAAGAAUUUAUUAAUAUACAAAAUAAAAAUAUGAAAUAUUUUGAAAUUAUUCAUAAUUUAAAAGAAAAUUAUAUACAAAUUGAAUUAUAUAAAGAAAAUCUUUACAAUUUAUGUAACCAAUUAUUUUCAAUAAUUAGGAACAUUAAUAAUGAAAAAAAUAUUAUUCGACAUGGACUAAUAUUUUUAAAAUUAUUAAAUUGCUUUUGUACUUAUAAUAAUAAAUAUGUAUCCAAUUUAUUUUAUUAUUUAUUUAUUUUUUCUAAAUAUAAUAAAUUUGCAUAUUAUUUAUGUAACAUUCAAAAGUAUUUUCAUUACAAUUAUUUUAUUAGUUUAACAAAUAAUAUAAAUGGAUUCAAUACAUGCCAAAAUAGUACUGCAAAUUAUUUCCCCUAUUUGCAAAAUUCUAAUUAUAUUGAUGAUUAUUAUUCUACUGAAGGAAGAUAUAAUGAAAAUGUAUCGUUUGUAGGUAAUAAAGUUAGAAAUAGAAUCAUGAAUGAUAACCUUUCAGUAGAUAUGGAAAUAUCAGAAAAUUUAAAAAAGGAAAAAAUUAUUAAAGAAAAUGACGUUAAGAAAAAGAGCUUAAUCUUUUAUAUUAUUUCUGCUUUACUAUAUUUAUAUAAACCUUAUGCAUGCAAAUAUAGAAAAAAAAAUACAAAAAAAAAAUUUAAAAAGCAUUUAUCUAAAUCUUUGGAUAAGAUAUUAGACAUAAAUAAUAAGGAUAAUAACUUUCAUAAUAAAAUAAAAAAUAAAAAAGAAAAUAAAAUAGGCUAUAUUUAUGAAUUAAACACUGAUGAUGAAAUUUAUAAUUUAGAGACUAAAAUGAAAAAUAAACUCUUUAAAAGUUUAGAAUCAGUAAAUUCUAAUGAAAUUCCAAGAAAAUUAGAUAAAAAUAAUUUAUAUUUAUAUGAUAAAGAAUCAAAAAGAAUAAAAAUAAAAUUAAAAUUUUAUGUAAAAAAUAUAUGCUUAAAAAUACAUCAAUUAAAUAAGGAAAAUAUACUAACAUUAAAUAUACAUGAUUUAAAUUAUUAUUUAUUUAUAUGCCUUAAUAAAUAUCAAUUUUUCUUCUAUAAUACAAAACAGAAAAUUGAUUUUUAUCUAAAUGAAAAAAUUGAGCAAAUACAAUUUAAUGAUAUAUAUAAUAUUCCCAAAAAAAGUCAUACAAAUGAAAAUAAAGAAAGCAAAUCGGAGCUUCAAAAUAAAUGGUAUGAAUUAUCAGAAGAUGAACCAAAUAUACAAAGUAAUAUAAAGUGGUAUAAGAAAAAACAUAAAAAGGAUAAAAAUUGUAUUAAAAUGAGUUUAAUAUUCAAAAUAGUUUUAAGAACAUAUGAUAAUAUGUAUAAUAUUCAAGAUACUAUAAUUAAUCCAAUUACAUUUUAUUUUUAUAUUAAUGAAAAGUUUAAAUAUUUCCCUACGUUACUUGUUCAUGCAUAUACAACUAGUAUAAAUAUUAAUAUAACUACGUCUUUCUUAUAUUUAUGUCAAUAUUUAUAUACCAAUAUUAAUUUUAAAAAAGAUAUUAUUGAUGUUAAAAAUUCAAAUAUAGAAAUAUAUAAUGAUUUGCAUUCUGAAAUAAUAAUAUUUUAUAAGACAAGAACAAAAAAUAAUAAUUAUGUAUGGAAACUAAUAAUUAUAAAUAAAAAUGAAUAUUAUGAAUUUCCAUGUGAAUGCUUAUAUUUUUGCAUUAAUAAAAAAAAAGAAAAAAAUAAAAUUAAUUCGGAAUUUUAUUCUAUGAAGAAUUCAGAUGAUUUUAUAAUUAAUAAUGAACAUGAUUUAAAUAAUUUAUUUAAAGAUAUUUGUAAAAUUGGAUUCAAAAAACGAAAUAUUUUUAAUUCAGUAGCCAAACAAGAAAAACAUUUAUUAUAUGAUAAUACCCAAAAUAUCUAUGAUAUUUUAUAUAAAUAUACAUAUAAUAUGCCUUUUCUUUACAAAAAUUAUGAUAAUGAUAAUAAAAUUAUAAAUAUAAUAAAAAAAAAAUCAUCAUGGACAUAUAUAGGUGUGUUGUAUACUGAUGAUUUGUAUUCAAGAGCAUAUAAAAUUCCAAAUGUAAAAUAUAAUUUAUUGGUAGAACCUGAAAUAGUAAGAAACAAGUGGUGUCUUAGUAUAGGUACUUGCAUUCAAAUAGAAAAUAAUUCAAGUAUGCAUUUUCGAAUUUAUAAAGAAGGAAAAACAAAAUAUUUUCCUCGUGUAAAUUUUAAAUGGAAUUUAAAAAAAAAGAAAAAUUUCAAUGAUAAUUAUUUAACAUGGGAUGAAAAUAAUUUUGACACAAAAAAAGAAAAACCAAAUAAAAAUCGAAAGAGUUAUAGAGAAUCUCACAAGAAUUUUGUUACUUAUAUGGAAAAAAAAAGAAAAAAGAAAAAUAGAAAAAAAGAUGAAGAUUAUAUAAAUAUAUUACCAUUCAGUAAAAGAGCUGUUCCUUUAUUUUGGUUAUAUGAUUGCUCUUUACCUUAUAUAAAAAUAUUAAGAAAAAAAGAAAAUAAAUAUAAUAUGAAAACUUUAAGUAAUAAUUAUAGUGAAGAAAAUUUAGAUAUUGAAGCAGUUCCAUUUAAUAUAUUAUACAAACUUCUAAAUAAAUAUUCAUUAAAUAAUAAUAAUCUAUAUCAAAAAAAAUUAGACAUUGCUCCUUUUGAAUUAGUUUUUAAGAGUUUAAUAAUGUUUUAUUGCUAUAUUAAAGUAAAAGAUGUUCCUACACAGCAUAUAAAAGAAACAUCCUAUAAUUAUACAGUUGUUAUUGAACCAAUGGUAACUAUUAAAAAUAAUUUACCUAACCCUAUCACUGUUAUAAUAAGAUUAAAAAAGGAAAAAGGUUUUUUUACUCUAAAAAAAAAAAAAUAUGAAAAAAGGUCCGAAGAAAAUUUUUUUUAUAACAAUUAUGAAAUAGAUGAUGAUAUAACAAAAAUUUUAAAAAAAAAAGAAAUGUUUGCUCUUGUUCCUCCUCAUCAUUAUUGGUGUUUGCCUAUUUGCACUCAAGGAUUUUAUAUGAAAAUAUUUUAUCAUGGUUUACAAUUAGAAAAAAUGAAUUUUAUUUGUAAUCACAUUAAUGAAUUAAAGAGAUACUUUGAUUUUAAAAAUGUAAAAUUACCUGAUUUAAAUGAAGUAUUUUUUAAUAGCAAAAUAAAUGAUGCUAUUAAUGAUGAGAAUGGGAAUGCAAGAAAAAACAAUUAUUUGAAUAAAGAAGAAUAUAAAAAUAAUUUAAAUUAUAUUAAUUAUAAAAAUAAAAUUCUAUUUAAUGUAAAUAAAAAUAGUAAUUCAACGUAUGAUGAAAUAACGAAUGAUUUGCAUAAUGAAAAAGAAAAUAGUAGUUCUAUGAAAAAUAUAUAUAGUACUUUUCAUAGCGCUUGUUUAAAUAGAAUUUUUAGCUACAAUACAGAGAGUAGAAAUAAUGAUAAAAAAAGCAAAAAAAAUAUGAAUAAUUUCUUAUAUGUUUCUGAUGGAUUUUUUCCCAUUUAUAUGCCUACCACUGAUACUAUUACUGCAACCAAAGUCCUGCAUCAUAAAUAUGGAUUAAUAAGCAACAUUUUUUCUUAUGAUGAAUUAAAAUUUAUUUAUUUUGAAAACAAAAUAAAUCAAAUGAAUAAAAAAAUUUAUGAUAACUUGCAUAUUUUUAAAAAUAUUGCUAUUUCAGCAGAUGUAUCUAGAAGAAAAAUUGAUUUUUAUUUUCCUUUCUUUUUUGAAAAUACUACCAAUGUUUGUAUUUAUGUAAAUAAUAAAAUUUUGCCACCUAAUAGUCGUUUAUAUAUGACGGAGGAAGAAGCCAAAAAUGUAAAGAUAAAAUCAUAUAAAUAUGAUUAUAUAAAUAAUAAAAUAUUAUGCAGUAAUGUUAGUAACAAAAUUGAUUGCACUAAGACUAAUAUGAUACGCCCGUUAUUAAAUUUAGUAUAUAGAAAAAUAAAUAGGAAGCAAAAAGUAAGAUUUUGGGAAAAAUAUGAAGAAAGAAAAAAAAAAUAUAUAAACAAUAGAAAAUAUAUAGAUACAGAAGAGGAACGUAAUACUUAUAUAUGCAAAAGAAAGGCAAAUAGUUUGAAAUUAAAAAAAUUAAAUGAUAUGAAUGAAGAUAUAAAUAGCAGAGGAAGAAUAGAUAAUGAAUUUAAUAGCCAUAUAGAUAAAAGUAACUUAAAAGGUAAUAUUAGUGAUUUUAAUAGUUGCAUAGAUGACAAAAAUAAACACAAAUUGAAAAAUAAAUUAGUUAGUAUUAACGAGGGAAAUGAUAUAAAAACUGAUAAGAAUACUCGUUCAGAUAAUUUAAGUGAUUAUAAUAAUUUAUUUAAUAAAAAUUUUUUAUAUAACUAUAAUAAUAAAUAUACAGAAAUGUAUAUUUAUAAUAAUGAUGAAAACAAUAAUCAAAACAAUACAGUAAAUAUAGAGAAAGAUAGAUUUUGUAAAAAAACAUUCAAAAAUCUCUUAAUAAACAAUAAGGAACUAUUUAAAAAAAAAAAAAAAGGUAAUAAAAAAAUGUUAGGAAAGUAUGGAAGUAUAAAAAAUAUAAAAGCAUUUAGAUUAUUUAAUAGAAGUAGCGAAAGAAAUAAAAUUAACAGAGAUGAAUUUGUAGAUGAACUGGAAGAGCAAUUUGACGAAAACAAUUCUAUUGCUAGUAGUUCGUAUUAUGCAGAUGAUAAUGAUAAAAGCUUUAAAAAAAAAAAAAAAAACAUUAUUUUCAAUAAUAAAUUGUAUUCCUUUGAUAAAAUAGGAAAUAAAUAUUUUAAAAGAGAAAAAAAAAUUCCAAAUCAAGAUGGAAAUUAUUCUUUUUAUUCUGAAAAUGAAAAUUAUAAAAAAAAAACGUCCUCAUAUAUAUUAAGUACGGGUCUUUUUAAUUUAUUUAACGAAGAAGAAAUAAUGAAUGAUGAGGAAUAUGAUGAAGAUAUUUUAUAUGAAAAUUCCAAUGAACAAGAGGAAGGAGAAAACGAUGAAAAUAUAGAUAAUUUGAAUAUAGAAGAUUCAUAUAAGAAAAAUUCUAUUUUAAAUUUAAACUUGAUGAAAAAAAGAAAAAAUGUGCAAAAUGAGACGAAGAAAAAGAAUCCUAGAAAGGGAAAGUUUAAAAAAAGCAAAUUUCAAGAGAAUCUUUUUUUUAAUAGUAAUGAAAAAGGAAACAAUGAUAAUUUACAAGUGAGUAAUAUACAGAAUGAUAAAUUAAAUUACACUGAUUAUGAUUUAUGUGAAAGUUUAAUAAAUAGUAGUGCCAGUAAAUAUGAAAAGCGUGAAGAAGAAUAUAUAAAUAUAAAAGAUGCUUACGAUAUGAAUUCAAAAGUACCUUACUGUAAAAACAUAUUAAAUUCAGAUAAAAAUAAAAAACUAAUAAAUAAAGAAGGAAAAAAGAAAAGAGAAGAUGAAGAUGAAGAAGAGGAAUCGGAAGAAAAAGAGGAAAUGGAAAAACAUAUAAAGAAAAAAAAAAGAACCUUAUUUAAAGAUAUAUUAAAAAAAAAAAAUAUAAAUAAAAAAAAUAAAAUAAAAAUAAAAGAUUAUUAUGAAGGGGAUUUUUUAUCCUUAGGUAUUUGUGUGAGAUAUGCAGAAGAACCAUUUAAUAAAUCUAAGAUUGUUACAUUUGUUAAUAGUUAUAUAUUCAUUAAUAGAUUACCAUUUGAUAUUAAAAUUGUUACUGAAUCAAUAAGAAAAUUGGAUAACAUUUUUAUAGGCCAAAAAUCAUCAAAUAAUGAGUUAAAUAAUAAAUAUGAAGAAAAAAAUCAAGUGGAAGAGAAAAAUACUAAUAAAAAUAUAAAAAGUAUUAAUUCAUUAAACCCUAUAUAUGAAGAAAAAGAGAUUUGCGAAAUAGAUAUUAAUGAUACUAAUAAGAUAAAAGAAAAUAAUAAAUAUGACACAUAUGAAGAAAAUGAAGAUUUGGAUUCAUAUAAAAUUAGUAAUAACAAAAUAGAAAAUAGCAAAAAUGGUAAAAAACAAAAUUAUAACACAAAUAGUGAUCAUUUUAUAGAGAAUAUAACAAAUAAUGAAAGAAAUGAAAAUUUAAUUAAAAAUAUAAAUUCAGUAAAUUCUGAGUAUAGUCAACCAACUCAUGGUGAAACUAAUAAAUUGGACUCUAAUAAUACUAAAAAAAUUGGUAUAGUGCCAGAAAUGACAAAAAAAAAUGAAACGCAUAUAAGAAGAGGAGAAAUAGCUUCCUUUCAUUCUAUUAGAAGUUAUAUAAAAAUAAAAGAUAGUAAUGAAAAUUAUAGUUCCUUACCUUUUUCAUUAAUUCCUAAACAUGUACCAUCGAACUUCCAAAUAGAAUUAUUUAACAUUAAUGAAUCUCAAAUAAAUAAUAUAAAUAACUUACUAGUAGAAAUAAAUGUAUGUAGCGGUAUUUUUGGAGAUAAACAACAAUUACCUUACACAUAUAAUGGGUAUUUUUAUAUUCUUAGUUUACCAGUAAGGCCCCAAUUUGAAAUAAUUAAUGCAACUAAAUUUAUAAUAGCAUAUGCUAGUGACUUUAAUAAAUAUACUAGAAGAUAUAUAAGCAAUAAUUAUAAUGCAUAUUUAAAUAAAUAUAAUAAAAAUGGAAAUUUCUCUGUAAAAAUGAUAUAUCCUUUUAGUUCUAUUUAUUAUACUUUACGACAUAAUAAUGAAAUUGAAACAUCAAAAAUUGCUUUGAAAAUUGUAGGUGUCCAAAAAAGUUCAUGGUGUGUUAAUUCUAUCAAUUCUUUUAUUGAUAACAUAAUAGUACUACCUUAUAGUGUAUAUGGGGAUACAUUAUUGAGAAGUGAAAAUAAUAAAAUAAUUGAAAAUCGAGCAUUUUUUGUAAGCCAUGCAAAUAUUAAAAAUAGGGAAAAUAGCAAUCUAUUUGAUAGAAGUUUAAAAGGUAACAUUAUGCAGUUGGAUAAUAGUAAUAAUAUAUAUAAUAAAGAAGAGAGAAAGGAAAAAGCAGAAAAGGAUAAUAUAUUUCUUGGCCACAAUUUAGUAAAUAAAAAAUUAUAUUCUUUUUUAAUAAUAAGAGAUAAUGGAAGUAGAGCCAUUGUAAUUACAGAAAAUUAUAAUGUAGCUAGAAAAAUAGUAAGCACGAAAAAUUUUAGUAAAAUUCAUAAAUUGAUAGCACUGAACAAUAGGAAAAAAAUAAUAUUAUCUAAUAAAAAUGCAAAUAGAAAAUAUAUUUUGGACUCUAAAAAAAAAAACUUUAUAUAUUUUAACUUUCCUAAUGUACCUGUCAUAUAUAAUUUUAAUAUACCCAGAAUAACAUUUACAUGGAUUCAUAGGCAAGAUGUGAUAAUAGCAGUUCAUUUGACAAAAUUAAAAUAUAGUGGUCAUAUUUACCCUAAAGAAAUUUUGGAUAAUGAUAUAAGCCAAAUGUUUACACCAAUAAAUAUAUUAAAAAAAAAGGAAAUGGAAGAAUAUGUACAAUUUGUUUUUUUAAAUAGUUAUAUAGACUCAUUAUUCCUAAUAGAACAAAUCCAUAUAGAUCAUUUUGUUAAAGGAGAUAUUCCUGUUAUUUUAAAAAAUACAAAUAUAGAAGAAAAUGAAAAAGAAGAUAUAUUUUUAUAUAUACAUAUAAAACAAUACUGCGUAGAUUCUCUUAAACAAGCACCUAUAUAUCAGAACAUAACUAUAAAAAUCUCUCCGAUAAAUACAAACAUUGAAUUACUAGUAGUUGAACAGUUAAUAGAAAUAAUAGAAAAAGAAAAACAAUUAUUAUUACUAUAUGAAAAAAAAGGAAAUCCUUUACCACCUCUUAUAGCCACUUCUAAGACAUCUAAAAAUGCUAUAAAUACUACUUUAAAAAUAUUUUCAGAUACUAACUUUUUGCAAAUGUUACACAUAGAUAAUUAUAUAAAAGAUAAAAUGGGAAAUGAAUUUGUCUUACAAAAUAAGCAAGUUAUUAAUAAUACCUUUUUAAAUUCUGUAAAUAGGAGAAAUGAACAUAACUUAAAAAUAUUCAGAAACAAAAAAAAAACAAAGGAAAAUGAAAAUAUGAAACCUAAUGUUUACUCUUAUUAUUUUAGUUCAGCAAAAGCUAGAAAGGUAAAAAAAAGUAAAAUAAUAAAUUUUAAAAAUAUAGCAGACAAAAUAUAUCCUGAAGAUACAAGCAAUAGUUCAAAUUGUAGUAAAUCAACUCAUAAAAAUAAGAAAAUAUUACAUAAGAAAAUUUGCAAAUUAUUGGUGGGAUAUUACAAAUACAAGAAAAUAAAUAAUUUAAUUAAUAAUACGUAUUAUAAUAUUAAUAAUGUAAAUGAUGAUCGUUUAUUACCUAUAGAAAUUCAGUAUUUUAAGAAUCAGAAAAUUUUUAUGAAGGCAUUUUCUUCUCAUUUAUUUUUACAUCCUAACCCUAGAUGGAUAGAUAAUAAAAGCAGACCUGUAUAUAUACGAGAGUUUAAGAUUUACCCUAUAGAAAUUAUUGCAUCUAUUAGAACUUCUGAGCAUAGAAUUUCAAGAAGAAUAUUACAUAUCGUGGAUGCACUACCAUUAGAUACUCCCUCUAUGCGUAUACGCUUAAUAUCACAAAAACGAAAUUACAUUGUAUGUACAUGGGAUGGUUUAUUUCAAUCAUUAAGAAUUUCUUAUUUCAGACAAUUAUUAAGACAAUCAUUACCAAGUGCAUGGCUAUCUAAUCCUUUUGCAUUUAUUAAAGGUUUUAUUAAAGGAUUGUAUUCUUUAUUUAAAGAAACUAUAAGAGGAGUAAAAACAAGUUCAAAUUUCUUUGAUGGUUUUAUGUCUGGAUUUAAGUGUGGAAUAACAAUAUUAGUUGUUAACACAGUAGGUGGUUUAUUUCAAUCAUUAAGCCAUAUGCUAAAUGUAUGUCAUAAAUUGAUGGGAGGUUCCAGACCUAGACCUCCUAGUAUAUUGGAUUCAUUAAUUCUUGGAUUUGAUGGAUUACUAUUAGAUACCUUUUAUAGGCCAUGGGUUUCUUUAUUUACUGAUCCUAAGAUAUCUCUUAAUAAAGGAAAUAGCAACUUUAAAACAACUUGCAUAGUUAUUGGUUGUGUUCUUAGGUGCAUCUUUUCUCCCAUUUUUGGAUUAUUAAACUUUUUUGCCUCUUUAACAGAAGGUUUUGCUAAUACAUUAAUUGGAGAUUUUGAAAGAUUUUCAAGAGUUCAAGAGAGAGCUGAAUUUGAAACAGAAAAAAUUAAUAAAACAUUUUCAACGAUUAAAAAGAAAACUUUUAAAAAAUCCAAGAAAAAAAGUUUUAGAUACAACAAUGAUACUUAA